AUGAUUGUGUGCGGCAUUGCGUCGUCCGUCUCGACCUGGCGAGCCGCCUACAUCUUUCUAUGCAUACUCUGGGCCCUCUUCACCGCCCAUGCCGUCUGGGCCGUCCCCAAUGUAGAAAACUUUGACCGCGCGCCGCUCAGGGAGCGUCUCGGGGCCCUGCGGCGCUUCGACUAUGUCGGCACCGUCCUCACCAUCUUUGGUACCGGCAUGUUCACGGCCGGGCUCACCCUGGGGCCCGACGACGGCUGGUCUCGGGCGCACGUGGUGGCGCUGCUCGUCGUCGGCGUCGUCCUCCUCGUCGUCUUUGUCUUUUGGGAGCGGGCCUACCCGACGCCGCUGAUGCCGCCCGAGAUUUGGCGGGACCGCAACUUUAGCCUCGUCAUUGUGACCAUUUUGUUGGGCAUGAUGGCUUUUACGGCGUCUGGCUUCUGGGUAGCCUACUACAUGCAGAGCGUCCAGCAGCUGCCGACCAUUAUUGUCGCCGUGCACCUGCUGCCCAUGGCCGUCGCGGGUCUCAUCUGGAAUGUCAUCGCCGGGCAUAUUCUACACAAGGUCAACAACACCUUGAUCAUGAUUGGCGGCUCGCUCUGCUUCUUGGCCGCAAGCUUGCUGCUGUCGUUUAUGCGUCAGGACAGCAACUAUUUUGCCUUUAUCUUCCCUGCGCUCAUUCUCAAUGUUGCGGGUGCCGAUUUCAACUUUAAUGUGGCAAACAUGUACGUCAUGAGCAGUCUUCCACCUCACCAGCAAUCCCUCGCCGGCGGUAUCUUCAACGUUGUCAUCAGACUGUCCAGCACGGCCGUCAUGGGCAUCACAACUGCCGUGUUCAGUUCCGUCGAACUCACCCCUGCGGGCAUGGCCGACCCGAUGCUCAAAUACACCAGAACCUUUCAGGCAUGUGUGGCUCUCGCAGGGGCGAGCGUCCUGUUUGCCCCGUUUAUCAGACUGGGAACUCAAGGCAAUGCUCCAAAGGGAGUGGUGGCAGGCUCGGAAAAAUCCGAACUCGUGGCUGCUGACGACGUCCAAGGUGGGCCUCAGGAAAAGGAGAAGGCAUUGAGAUAA